GUUCUCCUUUAGUUUGCGUUGGAGGCUAGCAGUAGGAGGUUGUAGACCAAACCAUACGGAGUGGUGUCUCAUAGUCAUAAAUCCAUAAUAAAAUUUGUGUGGAUAUUAUUUGUGCCUAUAGGUAUUGUGUAAAUUUGAGCAGUGCGUUUUGAUUUCUUUGUUGGUUUAUUGUCCUUGGAUUUUGUCAAGAUGCCUCAAGACAGUUCCCACGACGUGGAGGCUAUCAGGGAGUGGCUGGCGAAGGAAUCACAUCUUCCUACUGAUUUCGGUGACCUGAUCCUCAAGAAGUUCCUGCACAGCUGCUACGGCAGCCUGGAGAAGACCAAGAAGUGCAUCGACCGGUUCUGCACCACGAGGGCCACCAUGAGCGAGGCCUACUGCGGGAGGGACCCGCUCGACCCUAAACUGCAGACUGCGUUUGAAAUUACAAGCGUAGUAACCUACCCAGUGAACGACAACGACGAGCUGCUAAUCCACCAGCUGGACGACCCGAACCUGGAAAAGCUGGUCUUCUACGACCUGGUGAAGACCUUCACCAUCCAGGCGGACAACUGGCUGCAGCACCACGACUUCCUGCCUGAUGGCCAUAUCAUCGUGUUUGACUUGAAGGAUAUCUCGCUCAAGAUCCUGCCGAAAGUCAAUAUCAUGUUCUUUAAGGACUUCUUGGUGUUUUUGUUGGAAGGCAUGCCGGUCCGGGUGAAGCAGGUGCACGCCGUCAACUGCCCCUCGUACUACGACAAGCUGUACUCACUCAUCAAGCCCGUGCUGCCUGCUGAAAUAUGCAACAUUAUAAACUUCCACACGUCAUCGGACGCCCUCCACAACUUCAUUGACCGCAAGCAGCUGCCUCUGGAGUACGGCGGGGAGGCCGAGAGCAUCAAGGUGCAGCAGAGACACUGGGUCAAGACGAUCGAGGAGGAAAGGGCAACCUACCUAAACGACAACAUGUGGAAGGCGGACCUGAACAAGAAGCCGCGAAGCAACGCGGUGGAGGCGGCCAUGACAGGGUCCUUCCGGACUCUGUCCAUCGACUAGUGAACUGCAGGAGUGGAAAAGUCUAGUACCUACAGGUUUACGUGAUUUACGUAUAUAAGAAAAGUUAAGUUAGGACUCCUACACAUAAAACACAGCACCUGGAAAAGUUAGGGCUCCCUCACAUAAAACAGGUUACGAAGUCUCAUAUAUUUUUUAAAUGCUAGUACUUACAUAAAUAUUAAAUUUAAGCUCGUUAACCCUACGAAGAAAACCCUACAGAAACAAUUUCACAGGGACUGAAGCUAGUGAUACAAUGUAGUACUUACUUAUUGUAAAUUCGAUUUUACUAUGAUAGUUAAUGUAAAAUAUGAAAAACUGUACCGUUGUGCUCUGUGAUCUUAGACUGAUUAAUGUGUUUGUUACUUUUGUAUGAGUUUAUUUUUGAUUAAAGGAUUUUAUAUA